AUGCCUUGCUUCAAAUCUGUCGCCUCCGCUUCCACCGAAGCCGAAGGUGCUGGAUAUGUUCCUCCUACCACGGCUCCUUCUCAGUCACCUGACGCUUCUCAGCCAUCGGAAGACGUCAUGGUGGACGUCUCUGGAUGUGUCAAAAGCAACAGCUCUGGCCAUCAUGUCGACCUGCGCAAAGUGUCCGCUCUGGCAGCUAUCAAGGGGGGUGCCCAGUUGCUGGCGUAUCCUUCCGGGACAACGCCCAUGCAAGAAUACUCGGCACCAGCGACCUUUGCAGCCCUCUACCCUCACCUCUUCCCCUGCGGCUGUGGUAGCUUCAAGGAUCCCCUUCGGCCAAAGAAAGUCUCCUUUGUGGCGCAUAUUGCCCAUUGCUUGAGAUACAAAGACCGCCGCUUCCCAACAGAGGUCAAUUUCCCCUUCGUCUGCCUGAACAUCAUCCAGGGUCGCCAGGCCUCUUUCCAAGCUCUCCUUCAAACUGAGAAGGCUACAUUCCCGAAACUUGUCCCUCUCUUGAAAAGGGUUGACGUCGACACCCUCGCUGAUGCAAGGCAAGCUCAAGCCUGGUUUCCGUUUCGUUCCGGAAUCAGACCAGGAGAGGGCCGCUGUGAUCUUGCUUCGGAAGCUGAACAUCAUGUCUACUGA